AUGGGUUCUUCUGCUGUGAGUCCUUCAUUGACGUCGAUGAUACUUAAUCAAGGCAAUAGCGCUGAGCCCCACUUAAGUGAUGCAGUAACCGCCAUCGUCAAGGAUCAAAACAAUAAAGCGAAAGCUGAAGAUGGAUCUAAUGAGGAAGAUCAUAUUUCAAAGCUAGAUAUUAGAGUUGGUAUUGUCCGCUCAGUUUCGGCACACCCAGGUGCUGAAUCUCUUUACAUUGAGCAAGUGGAUUUAGGCGACAAAGAAGCCGACGUGCCAAAGGAACCUAGAACCAUUGUCAGCGGUCUUGUGCGUUAUGUCCCCAAGGAUUAUCUAGAAGGCCGCGCUGUAAUUGUAGUUGGAAAUAUGAAGCCAUCCAAGCUACGAGGCGUUGUAUCAGAGGGUAUGCUUUUAUGUGCCAUGGAGCAGGACUUGAAUGGCGAGGUCAUCAAAGUGGGGUUAUUAGAGCCUGCAGAAGGGAGCCGGCCAGGAGAUAAGAUCACUUUCGAGGGAUACACUGAUGAAGCCACUAUACCAGCAGCUGUACUUACUCCAAAACGCAAAUGGUUUGAGAAAUCACGUGUGCAUUUCUAUGUCAAAAAUGGUGUCGCAUACUACAAGGGGUCUCCUUUUAAAUCAGCUCAGGGCCUUGUUCGCUGUAAAACUAUUUCUGAAGGACAAAUAUCGUAG